AUGGCCAUCUCAAUCCCCAUCGACGCCAUCACUUCGCGCUUUGGCGACCGCUUCAACAAUCUCCGCAGCCAGUCCAUGAGCACUCGCUUCGCCAACCUGCGUCCCGUCUCCGAGUUCCUCGACCUGAAGCGUCUGUCCAAGCCUGCCAAUUUCGGGGAGGUCCAGAGCCGUGUCAACUACAACCUGUCCUACUUCUCCAGCAACUAUGCCGUCGUUUUUGUCAUGCUCAGCAUCUACAGCUUGCUGACCAACCCGCUCUUGUUGUUCGUCAUCAUCUUCGUCACGGCUGGUCUCUACGGCAUCGGGAAACUCGGUGGUCGCGAUCUCGACUUGGGCUUCUCCCGCUUCAGCACGUCCCAGCUCUACACGGGUCUAUUGAUUGUUGGCGUGCCUCUGGGCAUCUGGGCCUCACCCAUCGCGACGGUCCUGUGGCUGAUCGGGGCAUCGGGCGUAACCGUUUUCGGCCACGCAGCCCUCAUGGAUAAGCCAAUCGAGAAUGCUUUUUCCGAGGAGGCGGUCUAG